CGCAUGCCAAUGCCAAUGCCAAUACUAUUCAUCUCUCUCGCGCCAAAGCUGUUUCACAUGGCUGUUCAUCUCUCUUCUUCUCUGUCAUCAUUCACUCGUUCCCACAGUUUCAUUUCUUUUCCGUCCCCGUUUCUGAUUCCCAGUUGGUUGCCGAAAUCAGCGCCUGCGAGGAGAAAAUCUCCGGGACUCGUUUGUCGAUCGAGCAGAGACGACGGCGAUGAGGAUUAUCUGCUGGACGCUCCUGUUUCGGUUGGCGACGGCUUUUCUUUCUGUGGAGGGAAGUACUCAGAUGAGCCGAGCCCUGCCGAUGAGUGGUUCAAGAGAGGGAAGCUUGUGGAAGCUCAUCCUGUUUUGGACUCUGGUGGGAAGGCAAAAGAUCCAAUUUUUGGUCUUACAAUGGGUGGUGGUUCUCAGGCCCCAGAUGAGUUUUUCAGAUGGUUCUGCGUUGAAAGUGGAAGCACCAACAAUCCUUCAAUUAUAUUAAUUCAUGGGUUCCCCUCACAGGCAUAUUCUUAUCGGAAAGUUCUUCCUAUUCUCUCUAAGGACUAUCAUGCCAUUGGUUUUGAUUGGCUAGGUUUUGGGUUUUCAGACAAGCCUCAGCCUGGAUAUGGCUUUGACUACACAUUGACCGAAUAUGUCUCAUCCUUGGAGUCUCUUAUCAAUGAACUUGCUCCCAACAAGGUUUCACUUGUUGCCCAGGGCUAUUUUUCACCAGUCGUUGUCAAAUAUGCUAGCAGUCAUCAGGAAAAGCUCAACAAUGUUAUCCUUCUCAAUCCCCCUCUAACAGAGAAACAUGCAAACCUGCCAUCAACAUUGUCCAUAUUCAGCAACUUUUUGUUAGGUGAAAUUUUUUCACAGGAUCCUCUAAGGGCUAGCGAUAAAGCCUUGACAAGCUGCGGUCCUUACAAAAUGAAAGAAGAUGAUGCAAUGGUUUACAGAAGACCUUACCUCACGUCUGGUUCCUCAGGGUUUGCACUUAAUGCGAUUAGUAGGGCAAUGAAGAAGGAACUUAAGGCCUAUGUUGAACAGAUGAGAAUGAUGCUUACGGAUAAAAAUUGGAAAGUUCAAACCACAAUAUGCUGGGGCCAAAGAGAUCGCUGGUUAAGCUAUGAUGGAGUCCAAGAUUUUUGUGAAGCUUCGAAGCAUCGACUUGUGGAACUUCCUACGGCAGGGCAUCAUGUACAGGAGGAUUGUGGUGAAGAGCUAGGACAAAUUAUUUCUGGAAUCAUCAGCAAAAGGAGUUAAAUUAUGAUGUGCGCGUCUUGAACUUUCUGUGGCAACCUUCAGAUUUCCCUGUAAUUCACUUGUGAACUGGGAAUGUGAUUUCCUUUUGACAUCUCAAUUCACGCUACAGGCAUUCACUGGACUGCAAGACACUUGAAAAUUUCAUUUAAAGAGCAGUAAUAUCCUUUCCUUUC